GACGCCACACUACACGUCGCGUUUGCGUCAUCAUAACGUUGACAGCGCUCAAACUGGGAGGACGUGGGAUGAAGAGUGGUUAAACAGUGCUUCAUUAGAAACAUUAUAUUUUUUUCAAAUGUUUCUAAUAUCGGAAUUAUAAAGUACAAAGUUAUAGGAUAGGGUUUUACCACGGUCGCCGCCAUCAUGGCGUCGGACGAACAAUUUUCAUUAUGUUGGAACAAUUUCCAUGCGAACAUGUCAGCAGGCUUUCACGGCCUGCUGUCGCGUGGAGAUCUAGUUGACGUAACCUUGGCCGCAGAAGGCAGAUUAUUACAGGCACACAAACUAGUUUUAUCAGUAUGUUCUCCCUAUUUUCAAGAAAUGUUCAAAAUGAACCCCACUCAUCAUCCCAUAGUAUUUUUAAAAGAUGUUAGUCAUUCUGCGCUAAGAGACUUAUUACAGUUUAUGUACCAAGGUGAAGUUAAUGUUAAGCAAGAAGAGUUAGCGUCGUUUAUUAGUACCGCGGAACAACUUCAAGUGAAAGGUUUAACCGGUAAUCAAAAUGAAGAAAGUUCCACGCCAUCCAAACCAAAGCCGACGUCGAGGCCAGGCCCGAGGUCGUCACAACAAAGGCAAUCUGUUAUGACUAAGUUAGAGACUGAUUUAGAUUCUAAGCCCUCCUCAACUCCAGUAGCAAUUAAGAGACCAAAUAGGCCAUCAAUAGCAUCAAAUAAUUCAUCGUCAUCUCAAAGUGGGCCCGUGAAACGGAAAUGUGUAGAUCCCUUAGAAGCGGGGCCAUCUGGUUCCGCGAAAGAGGAAUUUGUAACGAUACCCGAUGAAGAUGAAAACAACGCUGUGGCACCCAAAAUGGAACCUGAAUUUGUUAACGAAAGUAUGUGGGACGAAGAUGACGAUGGCACGAAUAAUGAUGAAACUAAUUUCGGCGAAGACGACUCGAAUAUGGAAAUGUCAGGUUUUGAUGGCUCGACAACAGGCGAUGGUAAUAUUACUGGAGGGGGCGAAGGCGGCGCAGUAGGUGACGCACAAGCACGUUUUAUUAGAGCGGGCAAAGGUAGAUUGUUACUUCACCGAGGCUACACCUUCCGUUUGAAAAACAAUCUGGCUCAUGGACGCAAGCAAUGGUACUGUUCCUCGAGGCUGACUUCCCGGUGCCUCGCCGACGUUAAUACUGAGGGUCCGGAAGGUUACGAGCGCAUCGUUCGCUCUCGUUAUUCGCACAAUCAUGCUCCUCCGAAUGUCCGUCGUUUUGCCGAUGGGCGCUACGUCGUGCGCACUCCGCAUCAGAGCGGCCAUCGUGCCCCGGCGCCCUUGGACCCUCAUCACCAGCUGCUCCAGCUGCAGCACGCUCUAGCUCUGUACGCGGCGACCGCUCACGCCACCGCCACGGCAAAUGCCACCGCCGCCGUAUCUGCGUCUAGCGGCACUGGCUCUCAACAGUCGCCCAAUGAGCUGCCGCCAUCGACGCAACAUAACUCUACCGCGAAGCCACUGUUGGUGGACACGCCAUGCAACGAAGAGGACUAAACUUUAACACAUACUAAAACGAAACGAGACUUCGGCUCUCUUUUUAAACAUUUGAGCGUAGCGUACUAGAUAUGUAAAAUUCACGAAAGUAAAACGACGAUAAAAUAUCGACCAAUCGAUAUUUUCGGAGCCUUUUGCACACGUAUUUUAGCGUAAUUUAUGUUUUAGAAUAGUUAUUACUUAUUAUAUUAUUACUUAGGAUAUAAAUGGGGAUAGGAUGGCGUAUACUUUAAAGCGAUGGCAUUGUUGGAUUAUCGAACGGUUAUGUGUAUGUAAAACCUCAGAACUAGGUGUUGUCGUGUUUCGUGUGUUACGACUACCAGUGACAACGACAGCCCGUCGAUGAAGGAUCGUGAGUCGUACGUUUUAGAUUAGGCGGUCUGUGCGAGGUCUAUAAUGUUAUUCGUAUAGGUGUGGGUUAUUUGUGUAACAGAAUAGGAAGUUAAAGAUGUUUAUUAUGUAUGUAAGAUCUUUCUGAAUGUAUAAGAACAGCCCUUCGCACACGUGAUCGGGCGCGCAUGUCUUUAGCGUGACAGCGAGGAAAGCGUAGCGCGGAUUCAUGCCCUUUCACAGUGCGAAGGUAGUUCAAGAUGUCAGCAUGUAUCGAUGUGAAGUUUUAGCUAGAUGGUUAUUAUCCGGAAGUAGGCCCAUUUCAGCGUUUGUUUACAAUGUCGGCUCGAUCCACCGAGCGGGCAUGAAGCAAGUCGACCAGCACAUAGGCUAGAAGCAGAACUCGAGCAGGACCGUGGUGAAGUUGCGACGAAACGGGUGCGCAGAUAAGGUCAGGCGGCUGAGUGCCGCCGACGACGCGUUGGUGACUGAAACGCGAACUCGGUUCGGAAUUAUGCAAUAAGGAUCCCUCGACUGUACUUAGAAAUAUUAAUUUUAUUUUGAGAGAUUUAACUUAUACAAGUUUCAAUUUUGCUACUUAGACGAUUAGACGUCCGCCUCUUUAAAUAUAAGAAAUCGCAGAAAUUAUUAUCAAAGAUGCGAAGGUGUUCAACGGUGUGAACCUACGCGAUGCACUCGCGUGAUAUGAGGCGCGCGGGCUUCAGUCGAUGUUGCUCUGCUCCUUAGGAUUGAUUUAAGUACUUAAGCUCAAUCAACUACCUCUUCACUUUUUAUACGGGUUUACAGAUUAGUUUAAUUAUACAAUUUUAUAUACACGAUGAUUGAAUACUCAAAAGCUUUACUCGAGUAAGGUGUUUAGGCUAAGCUAGGUUACGUUAGGCUAGAGCGGCGCGUCGGGGCGGCUCGCCGCGCAGGGUCCGGCGCGUCUUCUUACUACCUCUAUCGAUGAAACUCAACUACCUCUUUGCAUAGUUUUAACUUUACUACUGAGCGAAUGCUGUUGACUGUAAUAUAAAUAGGCACACUUGAGACUGUUGCCUGAAUAUAUUUUAUUGAUUGUUUUUUACUUGAUUGAUUUGUUGCUUGUCGAAUUAAUUUUUUUCAAUGAGUACAUAAUAUUUAGAUACACUUACCUCUUAAGAUUCUGAUAUAAGUACAAAUUUUGACUAAUUUUAAUUGUUAUUUAGAUGAUAACUUAGCUACUACGGGGUCUUAUGUAUGCGUGAACUAUAAGAUGAACACACUUUUAAACUAGGUUUAGUCAUAGAUCAUGUCAAAUGGUGAGUAUAUUUUUGUCAUCCUAAUGUAAUUAAAAAUUGGAUCGAGUGAAACUUUGAGAUUGGACGUUUUUUUUGUAAGGAAGUCAAAUAAAAUAAUGCUGCAUCGGGAACGCCUAAUCUCAAAGGUAUGUUUUGUCAAAUAAAGUAGGAAAUUUUGACAGUAACCUUUUGACAUGUUCUAUUGUACCUGAAAUGCAUUCUACGCCAAAUAACGUGGUACAUACGUGAAACCGUGGCGACAAUUGGACUUAUAUAAAAGGUGUCCCAAAAUCCACGCAAGAAGUAAUUUUAAUAGAA